AUGAGAAACAGUAUAAGCUGGUCUUCUUCUUCGUGGAAACUAUGUUUGUUGUCCGUUCUCUUGCUCACCGAGACGAUCGCCGCCGUAAAACUGCCGCCAAACGUGAAGAUUCCGGCGCUAAUAGCUUUUGGAGACUCCAUCGUCGACACCGGAAAUAACAACUAUGUCAAAACCGUGGUUAAGUGCGACUUUCAACCUUACGGUAUCAAUUUCAAAGACAGAGUUCCCACGGGAAGAUUCUGCGACGGACGUGUCCCCGCCGAUUUGAUAGCCGAAGAAGUGGGAAUAAAAUCAGCUGUACCAGCAUAUCUUGAUCCAGACUUAAAGCCCCACGAUCUUUUGACCGGUGUAUCAUUUGCGUCUGGAGGUUCUGGUUAUGAUCCUUUAACACCAAAACUAGUGGCAGCUAUACCAUUAAGCGAGCAAUUAAAAUACUUUGAGGAGUACAUAGAGAAAGUGAAGAACUUAGUUGGGGAAGAACAAAAAAGCUUCAUAUUAGCCAACAGCGUAAUCUUGUUGGUCGCAGGCAGCGAUGACAUAGCUAAUACAUACUAUGAUAUGCGUGCAAGACCUCAUUAUGAUGUCGAUUCCUACACUACUCUUAUGGCCAACUCUGCCACCGAUUUUAUUACUAAAUUAUACGGAUAUGGAGUGAGAAGACUAGCUGUGUUUGGUGCACCACCACUUGGGUGCAUACCAUCGCAGAGAACCGCCGGAGGAGGUCUUUUCAGAGAGUGUGCUGAGGAUUUCAACGUAGCAGCAAAGCUUUUCAAUUCAAAGCUCACCAAAAAAUUGGAUUCGUUGCGUAAAAAUCUACCGGGUAUCAGACCGAUCUACAUUAAUAUCUAUGACCCUCUUUACGACAUCAUCCAGAAACCUCAAAAAUACGGGUUUGGAGUGUCUAAUAAAGGAUGCUGUGGAACCGGAGUGAUAGAAGUUGCUGUGUUGUGCAAUAAAAUCACAUCUUCUGUAUGUCCCGACGUGUCUAGUCAUGUGUUUUGGGACAAAGCUGAUGGAUCAUUUCCUGCUCUUUUGGCUUUUGGGGAUUCAAUUCUUGAUACCGGUAACAACAAUUACCUCCUGACUCUGUUGAAAGGAAAUUACUGGCCAUAUGGGAGGAGUUUCGACAUGAGAAGGGCGACGGGAAGAUUCGGAAAUGGAAGAGUUUUCUCCGAUAUUAUUACCGAGGGUUUGGGGAUUAAAAAAACUUUACCAGCUUAUCGUAAGUUGUUCAAUUCUCCAAGCGACCUCAAAACUGGUGUUUGUUUCGCAUCAGGUGGUGCAGGAGUCGACCCUGUUACAUCCAAAAUGCUGAGAGUUUUAUCGCCGAGCGACCAAGUAAACGAUUUCAAAGGCUACAUAAGGAAGCUAAAGGCCGUAGCAGGUUCAAGAGCAAAUAAUAUAAUUGAAAAUGCAGUGAUUCUUGUUUCUCAAGGAAAUAAUGAUAUUGGAAUCACAUUUUUUGGGACUCCAUCUGCAAGAAUGCGAGGGAUGACUUCGUUUAGAUACACCACUAAACUAGUUGGUUGGAACAAAAAAUUUAUGAAAGAUUUAUAUGACCAAGGAGCCAGAAAAUUCGCGGUGAUGGGAGUGAUUCCAUUGGGAUGCUUGCCUUUGUCAAGAAUAUUUCUUGGUGGGUUCGUCAUCUCGUGUAACUUCUUCGCGAAUAGAGUAGCUCAAGAUUACAACAAAAAAUUGUCGGACGGAAUUCAAAGUUGGGGAAGUGAAUUCCGCGGUGCAAAAUUUGUCUAUGUCGACAUGUAUAACACUCUUACGGAUGUUGUCAAAAAUUAUAGGAAAUACGGAUUCACUAAUAAUAAGAAUGGGUGUUGUUGUAUGCCUACGGCAAUAGUACCAUGCCCUUUCCCUGAUAGAUACGUCUUCUAUGACUUCGCUCAUCCUUCCGAGAAAGCCUACAAAGUAAUUUCCAAAAAGCUUAUCCAAGAUAUCAAGAAAGGCCUUGCCUGA